UCUCGUCUCGCUUCCUGUCCCAAGUCGCCAGUUUCACCUGUCGGUGACGUCAUCACGGGAUGGGAGGGGUGUGGUUUGGGGAGGGAUGAGGGGGACGAGAGGGGUAUAUAGCUGGCCCCAUAUAGAAAGGUGCGUGCAUUUAUCCUUUGCAGCGUCGUAUCCGGCUGUGGAAACGAACUUGAAACUUUAUCUCUAACUGAACAGGACUGCCUACUUUGAAUCAUGGUGUCAGCUGCUUUUCAAAUCAUGGGCAUGGCCCUGUCUGUAGUGGGCUGGAUUGGGGCCAUCAUCACGUGUGCCUUGCCUAUGUGGAAAGUGACGGCUUUCAUUGGUACCAAUAUUGUGACAGCCCAGAUCACUUGGGAGGGGCUGUGGAUGAACUGCGUGGUGCAGAGCACUGGCCAGAUGCAAUGCAAAGUCUAUGACUCCAUGCUGGCCCUGCCUCAGGAUAUGCAAGCCGCCCGGGCUCUCAUGGUCAUCAGCGUGCUUCUGGCCCUCUUCGGCCUGAUGGUUGGCAUCGUGGGUGCCAAAUGCACCAACUGUGUGGAGGACGAAGACGCCAAGGCACGAAUCAUCAUUGUCGCCGGGGCCAUCUUUGUGUUAUCAGGAUUGCUGUGCCUCAUCCCAGUCUGUUGGUCAGCCAAUACUAUAAUCCGAGAGUUCUACAGUCCAUUAAUUGUGGAGGCUCAGAAGAGAGAGCUGGGCUCGGCCCUCUAUCUUGGUUGGGCAGCUGCUGCUUUGAUGAUCCUCGGAGGAGGAUUGCUGUGCUGCAACUGCCCCAAGAAAGAGAGCAACAACUACAGUGCUCGGUACACAGCUGCUGUCUCUCAACCCCGCAGCGAUUACCCCAGCAAGAACUAUGUUUAAGAGAGUCACAUUGUUCUGAUUAUGCUGUUGCCACCCUGAAAGCUCAUUACUGGUGGAUUCCCUGAGAGCAUCAGAACUGCAUAAUGAACAUC